AUGACACAAACGAGCCACCAAUUGACCAAUUUCCCGCCGAUCAUUCCUCCACCGGUUCAAGAUCUCCCUCCGAUUUUACCUCCGCCGGUUCAAGACCUCCCUUCGAUUUUACCUCCACCGGUUCAAGAGUUGCCGCCUAUUUUGCCUCCACCUGUUGAAGACUUUCCACCAAUUCUACCCCCACCGGUUCAAGAACUUCCGCCGAAUCUCCCUCCUCCGGUUCAAGACUUCCCACCAGUUUUCACAACACCUCCGAUUGUACAAGAUCCACCGGUUGUUCCAAUAUUCUCCACACCACCAGUUCUAGAUUUUCCACCGCAAACUCCCGUCUUUACCACGCCACCAGAGGUAACGAAUCCAUGGCUACCGCCGGAGCAACCACCGGUUACGUCCAUCCCAACAAUACCGGAACAUCCAUAUCCAAACCCGGACAUGGGUUCAAAUCAGCCGGUUGUUCAGCUUCCUGCACCCUCUUGGGAUUCCCCGCCAUUUAAUCGUUGAUUUCAUAUGUUUUUCAAAUUUCUCC